GUCGUUAUGCGAUCACCAUCUCUAUUUUCACCUGUAAUAAUAUUUUAGAUAAUAAAAGUCUAAACAAUAAAGAUAUGAAAAAUAAAACGGGUCUUUUUAAACAUUUUCAACAACAAAUUAAGUGAACAAAGUUUAAUUAGCUGAUUUUAGAAAAGAAAUACGAAAUAAUAUUAGUUAAAGAGAGCCAUUUAUUCCUCAGUAAGAUAAGAAACCAAUUUUGUUGACAAGUUGGAAAAAACAUGAAAGAAAAAAUACGUAAUAAAUUUUUCAAAUUAUAAUUAGAGAAGGAAAUGUAGCAAAAUAUAUGGCUAGAUCUUCACCAAAGAAAAGUUUACCAGGAGGAUUAAAUAUGGAAGAAAUCUUGUAAAAUUAGGUUUUUUAUUAGCAGUAAUCAGAAGAAAUUUAUUGAUAAGAAUUACUCAUAAAAUAAUGUUUAUUAUCAAUAAAGGAAAGUGGAUCAAUUAUUUAAAAUGGAUUAAAAUGAUUCUUUCAAUAAAUAAGAAAACUCAUUUUCUAAUUUAUUUAAACCAAAAAGAUAAUCAUAAGCAUUAUUAUCAAGAUAAUCAGGAAGAGAUUAAUCUCCAAUAAAUUUAGAAAGAUUUAGAAGUUGGGAUACAAAAUUAGAUCUUCAGCUAAAGCAAUUAAAUAAUUCUAAAGACCUUAACUAUUACAAAUAUUCUUAAUAACCUUAAAAAGAGAAUAUUUAUGAAAUAAGUAAACCAAUUUAAACUAAAGAUAUCUUUAAUAUAAACAAAAAUGCUAACAAUUUUAAUAAAUUUAUAAAGAAUUCUUCACCACCUAAAUUUAUUGAAAAAAUACCUUUGA